CAAUAAAUCCCAAAAAUUGGUAAAAAAAAAAAAAAGGAAAUGCAGUAGCAGCGGCAAUAAUUUGUAAAUGCAUAUAUGCAAUAACAAUCAAAAUCCACACCCAAACAACUGCAAUGGCCGCCACAGGCUCAGCCCAACCAGUGCCGGCGGGCGGCAGCUUCGAUUUCGAUGCUGCGAUUGUCUGCCGCAUUUGCCUGCGCAGUGUGACGGCAGUGGGCGAGGAGAUGCACUUCAUCUACGACGAGGCGCCUGUGGAGCAGGGAGCCAAUCUCGCCCAGAUUCUAAACGAGUGCACGCGCUACACCUGCGACCGAUUCGACGACAAGAUGCCACAUAAAAUGUGUGAGCAGUGCACCAAGGCGGCCCGCCACGCCUACCGUUUCAAGCGGGACGCGGAAAAGUCCUACUGCUCCCUGAUGGCCUUGCUGGGACGUACGCUCAACAGCAGUAGCUCCGAUGUGUGCACCCAAACGGAGCAGGUGGCCCUCCUGCCCUGCGGGAUGUGCCAUGACCAGUUUCUGAACAGCCUGGAGCUGCGGCUGCAUCGGAAUAGGGUGCACAAAGCAAGGGACAAUGGCAGUAGCACUGGCACCGGACCUAAUGCUAGUGCCAGUGAAGGGGCGGUGGUGCAGCAGCUCAAGUGCAAGUUCUGUCCACUGCAUUUCACGCAUCUUCGACAGCUUCGUACGCAUCUGGCACGGAGUCACAGCCAAGCGGAGCGUCUACAGUGUCCCCACUGCCAGACAGCCUUCACCCGCAGGGAUCACAUGCUUCGCCACAUACGCAACAUACACAAAAAGGAGGCAGACAGCACCUGGCCGCCGCUGGAGGACGAGGCAACGAUGCAGAGCUGUACCGGGGAUGAGCUGGUGUCGGCCGAGGUGCUGCUGAACGAGGACGAGAAUGACGAGGGCGAUGCCUAUCAGUGCAAUAUCAAUCCCAUAUCCAGCAACGAGGAGGAGGACGAGCUCAAUGACGAGGAGGCCAAAAAUGAGCUGUGGCUGCACAUCAAGCCGGAGCCCUGCCUGGAGGCCGAGGAUCUCCAUCUGAAGCUCGAGAAGAAGCUGCGCCGGCGCAAAGGGAAGACUGAAACUGAGGAGGAGCGGCGGACCACCAGCGAGGCCGCCGCUGUCAAGGAUGAGCCUUUGCCCAGCGCAGACACCGCCGUUCAGGCGACGCUGCACAUCAAGGAGGAAAGCCAGCCGGCAGCUGGCAGCUUGAAUGAUGAUGAGCAUGAGAAUGAAGGACGUGAGCAAGAUGACUUCAUGGAUGAUUCUAGGCGCCCCGAGGUGCCGCUGGAGCUGCCCCUCAGUGAUGAAGAUGGGGAGGAGGAGGAUUACGAGUAUGGGGAUGAGGAUGAGGAGAGCGACCUGGAGGACGACGACCACGAUGAGGAUGAUGGAGAAGAGAUGGACGAGGUGCCCCCGGAAGGCGUAGAUAAAUCCAAUUUGGAGAUCGUGAGGGAUUACCUGAGGAAAGGAAAGCCCCUGAAGCGAAGGCGUCGCAACAAACAGAGCGGAGAAGCGAAUCCAGAGAAUCGCUGCGAUGUCUGCCAGCGGACAUUCUCGCGCCAUUGCCACCUGCUGCGGCACAAGCUCUCACAUCUGGAGAAGAAGCCGCACAGCUGCCCGCAGUGCCCCAAGGCGUUUGCGCGCAGCGACCACCUCAAGGCCCAUGUCCAGAGCUUGCACAGCAACAAGGAGCACAAGUGCACGCUGUGCGAGGCCGCCUUUGCCCGUCCCGAGGCCCUCGACCGGCACAAGGUGAGCAAGCACAACGGCGAGGGCCUGGUGGCGGGCAGCAAACUGAAUCUCCAGCUGGCGGAGCACACCUGCGAGUACUGCUCGAAGCGUUUCUCCAGCAAGACGUACCUGCGCAAGCACACGCUGCUGCACACCGACUUUCUGUACGCCUGCAAGAGCUGCGAGGAGACCUUCAAGGAGCGCCAGCAGCUGCGCGAGCAUGAGAAGAGCCACACCGGGCAGCGCAACUUCCUGUGCUGCAUCUGCGGCGACAGCUUUGCCCGCAACGACUAUCUGCGUGUGCACAUGCGGCGGCAUAACGGCGAGAAGCCGUACAAGUGCCGCUACUGUGUGAAGGCCUUUCCCCGCGCCACCGAUCUGAAGGUGCACGAGCGGUAUCACACGGGCACCAAGCCCAAUCUGUGCAAUACGUGCGGCAAGAGCUUCCAUCGGGCCUACAAUUUAACCAUCCACAUGCGAACACACACGGGCGAGCGGCCGUACAUGUGCGACCAGUGCCCGAAGAGCUUCACCCAGAGCAAUGACCUGAAGGCGCACAUCCGUCGGCACACGGGCGAGCGGUACAAGUGUCCGCACUGCGAUGCCUACUUCCUGCAGCUGUACAACAUGCGCAACCAUUGCCUGAGUGCCCACAACAAGCACAUCGAGACGAAGACGGGUCGCCUGCAGCGCACAGGACUCCUCGAGGAUGCCACUCAAUCCCACCUGACCACUGUCGUGAUGCCCCCCGUUCGCUAUCAGUCGUCGUCUUCGUCGUCUGGGCAGGAUCCCAAUCAGCAGCUGGAGCAACAAAUGGGUGGGCCUGUGGCUGCCAUGGGUACGGGAAUCGAUGGCUCGUCCGCCACCAUAAAUCAUCAUCAUUCGCCGCCGGAGGCUGCCUCAGCGUACACUGUCUCGCCUGUGACAACGGGGGCUGUGCCCACAACAUUAGCAACGUCUGCGGUGGCGGCGGCGGCGGCGGUGACCACUAUCGAUGGGGUGGCCUAUGCACCCGCCCCGGCACCGGCACCGCCAACGCCAACGCCUGUGAAUGCAGCACCAUUCGGUGCCUUCAAUUUUCCACCCGUCGUCAUGGCGCAUCUAAUGUACAAUCAUGCUGGUGGCAGCCAGCACAGUCAGAGCGGCAGCGAGACCGGCAAAUAGCUGCAGCUGCUGCUGCUGGCACGCACAAACCACAGGCCACUGGCAUCACUACAUGCCACACAUCAUCGGCAGACAAAAAACUACUAUUAUUCCAGUGCAAUCUUAAGUUUCUCCGCUUUUGUACAUAAGAGCAGCCAGUGGCUGGGACUAGCUGGCAACUUUCUCUUCUUUUAGAAUCUUAUGUGAUAAGAAAACAUAUAUUAAGAGCCCCACCCACAGUUGACGUCACUCAGAAUGCAGCAUCCAACUCCCCAAAAACCCACCCCACACCUCCACACAGUACAUAAAUGAAUGUAUUUUAUAAAUGCUUAAACCUAUUAUUUGGGGAUGGAAUUUAUCUGCCUAGUAUGAAGGAAGUUUGUAGAAUGACGCCCCCGAAUUCCUCUUCUGCAUUUAUUACUCUCUUGUUUCAUAGCUAACUUUCCCAUAUUUAUUUUAUUGAAUUAUACACACAUGAAAUUGUAAAUUAAAAAAGAUUUCUUAUGCCU